AUGGAUGUACAGCGUGUGAUAUUGCAAGGUGACUUGAGCCGCCAGUUGCCCAAUCAACGUUCUAAAGUUGUGCGUAUAUUCACUAGUUCUACAUUCACAGAUACUUCAACGGAACGCAAUGCAUUAAUGCGCGACGUGUAUCCCCGUCUUAAGGACUACUGCAAGUCUAAUCAUGGUCUGGAGUUCCAAGUUAUCGACAUGAGAUGGGGAGUUCGGGACGAGGCGACAGACGAUCACAUGACGUCACAAUUAUGCAUGGCCGAAAUAGCUCAAUGCCAACGCCUCUCCGUGGGACCAAACUUUGUAACUUUUCUGUGUCAAAAAUACGGGUAUCGACCUUUCCCGCCAAAAAUUGAAAACGACGAAUUCACCCUUCUUCGAGAUGAGUUGAUCCGGAACGAGAAACCAACAGAAAAACUGGACAUGUGGUUUCUGCGUGACGACAACUGCGUUCCUCCUGUUUACGUGUUGCAGCCAAUUAGCUCUAAGCUACCUUACUUUAAUCGCCGUGACGAGCCAAUCAAAUCGAAGGAGCAACAGGGUGAGUGGUGGUCGACGUUUGAGCUACUUCAGAGCCAGUUACGCUUUGCUGCAGAAGAGGCUGAAACAAAGAAAGUUCUUACACCGGAGAAGGCAAAGAAGUAUACUGUAUCAGUUACACAAGACGAGGUACAGCACGGAAUUUUGAAUGCACCAUCCGAUCAAAAGGAGCACUGCCUGUGUUUUGUCCGGAAGUUCAGCGAUUUGGAGAGCAAAGGUGAAGUAAGAGAAGCUUCAUCAUUUAUCGAUAUCCAAUCUGGGAAAGUUGAUACCGAUGCCCAGACACUUUUGUCUAACCUACGAGACAACGAAGUUCCCCGGGUACUCCCCUCUACCAAUAUCAUCGUUACUGACCUCGGCGAAUGGUCAAAAGAUGGGGUUCAUGUUGAGAAUAAGCGGCACAAAGAAUAUCUGGAACGGUUCCUUGAUGCGUUCUAUACUAAGAUGGUCGGUAUGGUCGAUGCUGGAGUGAUGAAAGAGAAAGCGGCGAGCCUGGACGACCCUUUGCAUCAAGAGAUUCUCCAACACUUGUCAUUCUGUGUGACCAAGUGUAUUGGGUUCCUGGGUAGGGAGGACGUCAUCGGUGAGGUUCAGAGAUAUGUAUUGAAGUGGACAACGAGGAAGGAAAGUAGUCAGGAGGAGAAAGGUUUGCCUCUGGUACUGCAUGGUGAAUCUGGAUGUGGAAAAACGUCAGUCAUGGCAAAAUGUGUUUCACUCGUGAAACAAACCUGGUUAUCUGGAAGUGAUGCCGCUGUCGUCAUUCGAUUCCUCGGUACGAGCCCAAACACCGCAUCAAUUCAGCGGGUACUGGAGACGUUGUGCAAACAAAUCCAGCAAGUUUACAACCAGUCAGAGUUCCAAGUUCCUACUGAAUACAACAAACUUGUUGCAGCUUUUGUAAAGGUUCUGCAGUUCGCCACAAAAGAAAAACCUCUCGUCAUUUUCCUGGAUUCUCUCGAUCAACUAUCGGCCGACCAUGGAGCACAUCGGCUGGCGUGGCUCCCCAAGACGCUGCCCCCACAUGUCGCCCUCAUUGCCUCAACCUUACCCAAAGAGCACGGCAUCCUGGAUAAACUUAAGGAACGACUCCCCAACUCGGCGCAAUACAUCCAAGUGACGCAGUUUUCACCAGAAGAGAGCACAACGAUUAUUAAGUCGUGGCUGGUGACUGCAAGCAAAGAAAUGGCAAGCUCCCAGUUUAACAUCAUUGCAAAAGCUGUCAACGAGUGCAGUCUGCCACUAUUCCUGAAACUUACUUUUGAUCAAUGCAUAAAAUGGCAUUCAUACCAGUCUGCAGAGAAAUGCAUUCUCGCGUCCAGUAUCCACGAUAUGAUCAAUCUUAUCUUUCAGCAGCUUGAGGAGUACCAUGGACGUAUCCUCGUAUCCAGGGCCUUAGCUUACAUCACUCUAUCUCCAGACGGUCUCACUGAGAUGGAACUUGAUGACAUUCUAUCAUUAGAUGAUGAUGUAUUGAAUGACGUGUACCAGUUCUGGAUGCCACCGGUGCGUCGCAUCCCUCCUUCAUUGUGGACAAGAAUCAAGAACGACAUCAGCUCGUAUCUGGUAGACCGAGAUGCAGAUGGAGUGACAGUCACCUAUUGGUAUCACCGUCAGUUCAUCGAGACGGCCAGGCAGCGAUAUCUCAGUGAUCCCGACCUCAGGAAGAAGCUUCAUCAGACAUGUGGAGAGUAUUUUAAUGGCACCUGGGCAGGAGAUCGUCAGAAGCCAUGCCGAUAUUCAGCUCUUCAAGUAGAGCGUUUUAAAGUCCCUGCAGAAUCUGAAGAGAACCGUCAAGUUCCAAGCCAACCACUACAGUUCACUGGACUGGAAGACCAAGUUGAUGCCAAGUAUAACAUCCGGAAGCUAACACAGCUGCCGUUUCAUCUGUUGGGAGCAGAAGACUUGGAUUCGUUGAAGAAAUUUGCUCUCUGUAACUUUGACUUCCUUCUCACCAAAAUCAAGGCUCUCUCGAUGCAAGAAGCUUUGGAUGAUUUCGAUAGAGUAGGAGAGAAGAAGCAAGAUGAUGAGCUAAGCAUUCUCCUCAGUGCACUCCGACUGUCUUCAUCCAUUAUCUCAAACAAUCCUGAUCAAUUAGCACCGGAGAUUAUGGGACGGUUGAUAAAUGCUACGGAUAAAUAUCCCAAUCUGAAAGAACUUCUACAACAAGCCUCAGAAAGAGGUCUCGUGUUACACCCAAUGCUACCAAUCAGCACAUGUUUAAAGCCACCAGGUGGGAUGAUGGUGACGUCACUGGAGGGUCAUACCGAGGAAGUUGUUGCUCUGUCAAUAUCACACGACUCUCGACUGGCAAUAACUGGCUCGAAAGACACCACUGCUCGCAUCUGGCUGGUUGAAAAUGGCAGUUUGAUUCACACGUUGACGGGCCACCGUGAGGCUGUGUAUGGAAUCGAAAUGACGAUGGACGACCAGUAUUGUUUAACGUACAGCCACAGCGGAGAGUACAUGAAAUCAGGCAAAAUUUGUUAUUGGAACGUGGAGACCGGAGAUCUGAUUCAUCGCCUCAAGGGUCACACUGGUAAAGGUACAUCCAAUGUUACGAUCAGCCAGGACGGCAAGUACGCUGUGGCUGGCCUGCAGACAUUAAUCGACUACGAUGGCGAAAAUGAAGAUACCGACUGUGAAGAUGAUGAAAUCAUAACUGAGGGGAAACGGCAACACAAGAGCCACAAGAAGAAGGAGCUUGGAGAUGACUGGGAUGAUGAGGAUUAUGAAGAUGAGGCCAGAGAUGUGGUUGUCGUCUGGAAUCUGGAGACUGGGCGAGUUAUGCAUUGGUUGUACAAGCAUACAGAUCAUAUAAAUGGAGUUCUAUCGAUGGUGAUAGACGACCGGCAGAUAGCAGCUUCGUUCUCCAAUGAUCACACAAUCGUGCUGUGGGACAUAAUUAAAGGAGAACCACUUCGUGAGAUGACUGACGAUCGUGACCUGCCCAUCAUUAAGAUAGCCCUGUCCGAUGACCAGCGGCUUCUUGCAGUACACGGAGGUGACGUCUCGAUCCACAGUUUCCCCGACUUCAAGUUCCUUGGAGAGUCGACGGACCCAGAUUCCAGCUCAACGAUAAGGGCCAUGUUCAUCACGAAGGACAACUCACGAGUCGUUUCCGGACAUUGCUGUGGACUGGUCAGAGUUUUCGGAACCGGUGAAGGCACAGAGAGAACUCGACUCCUGCAACAGGAAUACUUCGACAGAGAAUCAAUUGAUAGCAUGACUGUUACACCUGAUGAAAAGUAUGUUGUUGCAUCUUGCAACACCAAAUCUGAAGCUGCAGUUUUCCACCUCCAUAACUUAGAAGUAGCUACCAUACUGCCUCACGACCUGGCGGUUUUGGCAGUGGAUGUAACACCAGACAGCUCCAAGAUCCUCACCGCAUCUAAAGACAAAAACGUCCGUGUUUGGGACCUUGGUAAUAUCAACGCGUCUGAAUCCACCAAAGAGCUAGAACUUACUCUAGCUAAACACAACGAUUACGUUCUCCUGGUACUUAGAAUGAAGUGUGACGACACUGUCAUCACGACGAGCUCCGAUGGCACAAUUAAGGUAUGGGACGUAAGAACCGGCAAGGUUGUAAAGAGUCUGGAAGCACCGGAAGAUGGCGACUGUCACGAUGCUGCCAUCAGUAGUGAUGACAGUUUCAUGGUAGGGUGUGGCUCCCAUCACUGGUACGUCUUGGGUCUGCCAGACUUUGACGUUAGGGGUGCGUUCACAGAGAUGAUGCUGCACGUGUCUUGUUUAGUGAUAACCCCAGAUGACAAGAGAGUCGCUAUGGGACUCCAGCGUCCGAAGUUCGAAAUCAGAAUCUGUAACCUGAAAACAGGAGAGACUCUUCAAGUCAUCGGGUUGAGGUCAACUUCUCUCCACAUGCUUUCGUCAGGUCUGUUCGUCAAUCAAUUUGAAACACAAAUGUAUGACGGGUCGGGAAAAAGUAAAAUUCUACAGCUGAUUGAAGGUGAUACUGGAAGAGUGGCGGCAGCGCUUGAGCAUACAGAUAAAGUACAUACUUAUGCGGUAUCUGCAGAUGAGACUAUGCUCAUCUCAGGUAGCAACAGCAGUGUUUACCUUUGGGCCCUUGGUAAUGCAUCACUCAUAGCUACAUUGGAAGGUCACGGUGAAUGGGUCAAGGCACUUGCAUUCUCGUCUGAGGGAACUAUCGCCGCAUCAGGGGCAAAUGGCGGUGAAAUCAUCUUUUGGAAUGUCCAAUCAAAAUCACUGAAGCAUACGAUUACGCAUGCCCACGAAUCGGACAUCAGACAGUUGGUGUUUAGCCCUGAUAGUCGAUUACUGCUUUCUUUAGCACAAGAGGAUAGCUAUGUUCAAUUGUGGGACGUGGAGACAGCGCAGUGCGUCAUGAGGUACCACACGUACUCUAAAGUACGAACGGCUGUCAUCUCAAGGAAAUGCAAUACAUUUAUUAUUGCACUGGAAGACGGAAGGAUGCCUUUCUUGAAAAUAUCACCUACUGGAGCAAAACCUUCACAGCCUAAAUUAUCAGGCAACAGGGCAAGCCGUCCUGCCGAUUUGGGACCUACCACAGUUGACCACCAAACGACGCCACAACCACCAGGCCAGCCGCAGUCCUCAACACAGUCACAAGACAAACCGACGGACGGUAGUUCCCAAAAUCGGGCGCGAAAAAGCUCAAUGUGUCAGAUUAUUUGAUUUGUUUUUCCUUCAAAUAAUUUGGGGCUCUUCGUUUCCCAAAGGAAGAACUGUUUAACAAUGUUUGCAUCUGAUUUCGGGAGAAAAACGAGGACAAAAGAAACUGGUAUGACUUCAACAGCUGCCAUUGUUCUCUUAAGGUUUAAAUAAAUGCCUUUUUCCCGCAAUUACCUACACAUUCAAGUUUAAAGAAAUUAUUAUGACUGGAAUUAUUUUUAGUACUUUCAAAGACCUUUGAUGAACCAAGCAUUAGUUUCCUUAUCUAGUUGAGAUUUGUGUUGCAUUAUUUAAAAUGUUCUGUUUCUGAGCACAAUAAUUUUGAUAGUUUUCUCAAAAGCUGAUUAGUACAAAUAGAGAUCUAUAAGGGACAUUAUGCAUGUGUCCAUUUUGGGUGAAUAUGUUUUAUCUUCGAGUGCAAGAAAUGAUUUUGAGCGUACGAAGUAUAAAAACUCUUGGUAUAGGACAAUAGGCAUAUAAUAAUAAGAAAUUUUCAUCAUGUCCCUUUUGAGGCUCCGUAUAUUACAUUUUGCUUUUACUAUGAUUGAGGUCUAAUUCUACCUCCAUGGAUUGAGUUAGUAGUUGAAGUGAGAACAUUUAGACACAGAAUCCGUCAAGGUAUAACCCUUUAUUACUAUCCAGGCAUCUUGAAUUUUCACCCAUUGAUAUCAAUGUUACCAAACCGAGGCUGGAAGAACAAAAUAGUCUGGUUCCCACAUGCAAAAUAAUUAUCACAUUUCAUUAUUGUUAUUGGAUACGAGAAACAUGACCAAAAUGGAGGCAGCAUUAUAAAGGUAAAUUCUGAUUGAGGAAGUGUCUCAUUGGUCAUAACUUCUCUUGCCGUUUGUUGGUAUCUUGCAGUUGUGGAUAGCCGUGUUCAGUCAGGUAAUAUUGUAAAAAGAAAAAGAAAAGGACGCAAUUUAUCGAAGCAACAGCCACUUAUUCAGAUGCAAUGAACAAUGCCGAAAAUGUUUUUUUAGUUGCAUAUGGUUUUAAUCCUUACAUGCGUUUUUCAGAUUUAUUCAAAGAUUAUUCAGAGAAUAUCUCGAAUCUUAAAAAAAAAAGUAGUAAAAAUGUUAAUAUAAAUGUGUGGGACAAAUCGACCUUAAAUAGGUUUUACUACUUUAGAGGUCACUUCUAUGUCUCCAAGCAUGUGUGUAUUACAAUUAAGAAUCGUUAUUUAAUGUAAUUUAGUUAUUGUUCGAGAUGAAUAGGUUAGAUUGAGAUGAUUUACAAUAAUUAUUGUAUAUAACGUUAUUGUUUGAUUACACUACCCCCCCACCCCUUUAUGUUGUUUUAAAUCCAGUUCGUCCUAAACAAAUUGGGAUGGGGAGGCUUUACUUCGGACGUUCUGUUUUUCUUUUGUCUUUUUCUGUUCCUGUUUGAUUCAUAGUUUAGUAAGAAGUAAAUUAUUGUUUAAUUUAUGUAAAAUCAUUAUUAUUUUGACAUUGAGAAAUAUUUCACUUCGAAGUAAUGCACUUAUUUAAAAAUUUGUAACAGUUUAUAUACGCAUCGAGAUUUGAAUCUGAGCAGAAUUGUACUAGGGAUUAUUCUUACUUUCGCUCUCCGGAUUUCCGGCGAUAUCUCAAAAAUGCAACCUUAGAUUUUGAGACGUUUAGUUUUAUGGUGAACAUCUAGACAAAAUAAUCGACGAUAGUUCAAAAAACCAAAGUCAUUCUUUGCCUUUAAAGGUCCUCGAAACCAUGGAGGUAGAAAUAGAAAACCUAUAAUGUAGUUUGUUCGGUCAAUCAUGAAAUGUUCGUCGAAACUUUGUAAUGCUUAUUCAGUCAAUACAAAAUGGCCCACGUAAAAUAAACACCAUUAAUUAGGUCUAUCCGACAAAUAAAA